UGAGUUGACCGAAGAGCAAAUUAUUCAUUAAUUACCGACUCUGUCCUGUUGAUUUUAGCAUGUCAAUCUCACAUCGUCAUCCAAUAGCCAUUCUAGACUGUCGUUUUACAAAAGAUGUAGAAUUAACUGAUAUUUACGCAUCUGUGAUUCAAAACAAGAGGGAAACGGUUUCAGUGGUGAAGGCUUUAUGUGAAGAUUUUCCACUGGAGGGCCUACAACAUCUGAAAAGAGUAAGGUCUUGUAAUGGCAAAGAUGGUCCUUUGCAGGUGAUUGUGUGCCAUGACCGAGAAAACUCAAACAUAGAAAAAGUUCUAUCUGAAGCAAAAUACAACUGCUUAGGAAAACCAUUUCUGAUCAAAGUGCCCAAACUAAAGCCACUGACAAGAAAGCAAUACGAAGAAUCAAAACUCUACUGGCCAGUUUCUUUUCAUGAGGAUAAAAAAGUGACAAAACUUUUAACUUUGUCUUACUUUACAACAGAUGAACUAAAUAAAAUAGAAAAACACAUACAGGAGGUGAUUCAACAGAAGGAGAGAGAAGGGUCAUUGAGUGCCUCACUGAUCGUUAAUCCCACAGAUGACAAAGUCCUGGCAAAGACUUGUGACAGAAGACAUCUGGGUCACCCUUUACAUCAUGAUGUUAUGUUGUGUAUUGAUGAAGUUGCUCGCAACCAAGGCGGAGGAAUGUGGAACAUUGAAAAAAACAUCAACUCGGAAAAUAGUUCAGAAGACCAGUUCUCUACAACUACACAACAGCAGGAUGCUUGUGGAGGAAUGCCUGGAAAUUCAUUAGGAAAAAUCAGUGAGGUUCAUAAUGUGCAAGCCAAGAGUGACAUGCAGUAUCUAUGUACUGGAUUUGACCUUUACACAACCACGGAACCUUGUGUCAUGUGUGCUAUGGCAUUAGUGCAUUCAAGGAUUGGUCGAGUGUUUUAUAUUCAUUCUCAUGAGGACGGAGGACUUGGAUCAAGAUUUAAGAUUCAUACUGAAAAAGAUUUAAAUCAUAACUUUGAAGUUUAUAAAUGUCCAUUACCUCCAAAUAGAUAGCUUUAUAAAUUCAUUUGUAUUUAUAUACUAGUAUAUACAGUCAUGUAGAAAUGAAAUUGUAUUUAUAGCAGUGA